GAAGGGGGAGGUGGUUAACGGACUCCUCUAUCUACUUGCCUAGAGGAGGGGGCGUGUGAGGAGCUACCUUCCACAGAACAGCGAGACCCCGGCCAAGAGGCGCGGAGUCAAGAGAAAAUCCGAGUUGAGGCCGCGGCGUCGGUGCAGCAGGGGAACGGCGGUGCCCGCGGCCGCCGAGCGAGCGCGCGGCUUCGCUAUCAGCCGCGCCGUCCCCCAUCCCCCCCCAGAGCCUCCGAGGGAUGGCACCGGCGGGAGGGGGCGGGGCCGGCGCACGGCAGCCUUCUCCGCGGUGGCCGCCGGCCGGAAACAAUAGUGGAGGACCCUGGGCCGCGCGGAUCGGCUGCGGCGGCGCACGAAGCGGACGGGGCACUAUGAACGAAGAGGAGCAAUUUGUAAGCAUUGAUUUGAAUGAUGACAACAUCUGCAGUGUUUGUAAACUGGGAACAGACAAAGAAACACUCUCCUUCUGCCACGUUUGUUUUGAGCUAAAUAUUGAUGGAAUACCAAAAUCUAAUCUCUUGCACACCAAAUCAUUAAGGGGCCAUAAAGACUGCUUUGAAAAAUACCAUUUGAUUGCAAACCAGGAUUGUCCUCGAUCUAAGCUUUCAAAAAGUACUUACGAAGAAGUUAAAACCAUUUUGAGUAAGAAGAUAAACUGGAUUGUACAAUAUGCACAAAAUAAGGAUCUGGAUUCAGAUUCCGAAUGUUCUAAAAAUCCCCAGCAUCACCUGUUUAAUUUCAGGCAUAAGCCAGAUAAAAAGUUACUCCCACAGUUUGACUCCCAAGUACCAAAGUAUUCUGCAAAGUGGAUAGAUGGAAAUGCAGGUGGCCUCUCAAACUGUACACAAAGAAUAUUGGAACAGAGGGAAAAUACGGACUUUGAGCUUGCUGUGUUACAAGAUUCAGGUGCCACUUUAUGCCACAAUAGUGAAUUGUGGCCUCAUAGUCACAACCAGGAACAGAAGAAAGAAGAGACAGUCUCUAAUCCAGAGGCUAAUGUCCAUACCCAGCAUCCACAUUACAGCAGAGAAGAAUUGAAUUCGAUGACUCUUGGUGAGGUAAAGCAACUGAAUGCAGAGCUCCGACAACAAAUACAGGGGGACAUGGGUUCAAGCCCUGGUCCGGGAAGAUCCCGCAUGCCGCAGAGCAGCUAAGCCCAUGUGCCACAACUACUGAAGCCCACGUGCCUAGAGCCGCGCUCCGCAACAAGAGAAGCCACUGCAAUGAGAAGCCUGAGCACUGCAACGAAGCGCUCACCGCAACUAGAGAAAGCCCGCGCGCAGCAACGAAGACCCAAAAACAAAUAAAUAGAUAAAUAAAUUUAUUUUAAAAAAAAAAAACAUAGUUUAAGUUACUUGCCUGAGACUCGUGAGAGUCGGAACAAGGAUUCAAAACUCCGGUAGUCUGAUUCCAAAGCCUCUUAGGGGGGUUCCAGACCUGGGUACUAAUGGGCACUUUACUGUCCAUAAGUCAUAUUAGAAAUUGAUUGAACCUGUUGAUCUGUUCAGAUUGAGAAAAGUAUCUCAGAGGUAGUUGUAACUGCCAUUUCUGCUAUGCAUCUCUAAGUCAUUGCUUGACUCUCAAAUUUCAUUUGAUGGAGAAAAGGAAAACAGUAUUCCAGUUGGCUAUGCAAAGCAUACAACUUCCUAGGAUGAUCAAAACACAACCGUUUGCUUGAUUUCAAACUACUUUCAUUGCAAACAUUUGCCCAGUGCAUUCAUUUUAAAGUACUUGAAAUAUAAAUCAUAGAUUAGCUUUCUGUGUACUAAAAAUGGAACUAC